GUUAUUUAGGAGCAGCCUCAUGGUUAGAGCUGUCAACACGCACACAGUUUUCUGAGCUUCAGGACUCCGAUGAUUGACGGUUUGUCCUUCUGCUGUUGAAUCUGCAGCAGUUUACCAGAGAUAACCCUCGAUACCGGUGCAUCAUGGGAAGUGUAGGACCCAGGGAGUUUUCUCACUCAGCAGCCCUGUUAGUAGCAACCCUGUGCAGUUUACGCUUCAGGAAUAAGUGACGUCUGUUAGUGGAGACGACCUUGCAGAAAUAAACCUAUAAAUAUUGUAAAGUUUUGUUUCGCCAUGCUAACGCCCUACAAUGCAAAAAAUCACCUCGCAGCGCUGCGUCAGUAACUAUAGACGAUGGAUGACAGGGUUUCACCCUCCGUGUUCUCUUCCUGCAGAUAAUCAGUUCAGGAUGUCCAUUCUCGAGCGGCUGGAGCAGAUGGAGCGCAGGAUGGUGGAGAUGGCCCGCGACAACCAACAGCAGCAACAACGGCAAAAUCAACAGCAGCACGGCAGCCAGCUGGCCACGCCCCCUCCUCCUCCACCAGAGGACCACGAACAGUCCUCUCAGUGGUUCGAAAGGAGGAUUGUGGGAGUGUGCGAGCGGAUGAUGAGGGGCGGUCGGUGGUCAGGGGGAGGAGGAGAGAGGCUUCAUCACUCCGUUCGUCACCGUGGCAUGACGCUGCUCCACCUGGCUGCUGCACAGGGAUACACACACCUGAUCCACACAGUUGCUAUGGUUACCAUCCCCACACCACAGGUUGACAUGGCAACGCUAGCAGAGCAAAUCAUCGAGGCAACCCCAGAGCGAAUCAAACAGGAGGAUUUCCCCAGGGGGGCGGAGUCACCGCUCCGAGAAAGGUGGGACAACCCGGCCAUACAGGACACCUGGCUGGCUACAUACCUGGAAACGGUCGACACCCACGCACACUCCCCUCCCAGGCGUGUGUGCCCCCCCUCACCACUCAGCGCUUUAGCCCUCCAGAGGCUCCGCCCUCCCUCUUCUGCAGCAUGGGCAGAAUUCCUCAACGCCUCAGCCAAUGGAAAGAUGGAGCGAGAUUUCGCCCUGCUGACGCUGACAGACGGCGAGCAGAGGGAGCUUUACGAGGCCGCCAGAAUCAUCCAGAACGCCUUCAGGAGAUACAAGGGUCGGAGGUUAAAGGAGCAGCAGGACAUGGCUGCGGCCGUCAUCCAGAGAUGCUACCGGAAGUACAAACAGCUAACAUGGAUAGCUCUGAAGGUAAUGUGGCUGACAGUAGACGUAGUGAUGUGUAGUCAGUACAUCGCCCUGUGUGUGUGUUGGUGUGUGGCUCACUGUUUAACGACCGCAGUAAUGUAUCCGUACUACCUCGAAGGUUUAGAAACACACACUGAUGACAGAUAUUUUCUUUUCUCGUUGUCAUUAAGGGGGUCGUUUCUGACAAAGAAACAGGACCAGGCAGCCCGCAAGAUCAUGAGGUUUCUGCGGCGCUGCAGACACAGGAUCAAAGAGCUGAAACAGACGAGGGAGCUGGAGAGGAGAGGACUGACCACCUAAACCAUUUCAACCUUUUCUCCUCUCCUCCAGCGGGGAGAGGGAUGACGGCGGGAACGAGAAAGUUCGGCAGGUUUAGUUUGAUGUAUACAAAGAGAAAAACCAAACGAGGAAACGACAGAUGGAGAGAAGGACAGUGACGGAGAGAUGCCUUACCCCACGCCAACUCUAUCUAUCUACUG